AUGGUAAGCGAGAAGCGUUCCCAUUGCCAAGAUCCGGAGCCCUCUGACGGUGGUUUUGUUGCGGAGGCCCUAUUCUCAGGGAAUGGAGUUGGGCAGCUGAUGCCGGUGCGGAGAGGAUUGCGGCAAGAACUGGAAGUCAGAGGCGAGAAAAUACUUGCAGCAGCUGUGGAGUCGAUCUUGGCCUCGCAAGGGCUGGGGGUUGGUAAACACGAAGCUGCCUUCAAUGUCCAAAUUCCCGGUUCUUCAAUAGAGGAAGUGAGGGUCACUUGUCAUAUAAUUGGCGUUCAAAAAGGUGAAUUAAGCCCGAAAGACUGUAGCUUUCAUUGGCUUCGACGGUUCCCGCUGCAUGCUAUAGGAGAGCGUUGGGUUCAAGCUCGACAGGAAAUUUGGGUUGUGGAUGGCAGCUGGACCGGUAAAGUCACAUCUGCAAAAGGGACGCAGAUAAAUAUAAAGACAUGGACAUCUGCGGCUGGCUUAAUGACCAGAGUCUAUUACUUCCACCGUGUCUCUACGUAA